GUGCUGUGCCCACAGAUGUGGUUCACCACCAUGUCGUCCGCUGGAGUACGGACACUGCUGGCUCGGGCAGGAGAUACUGGGCUGGCUAGACGACGUAGCUUCCAAGUGCCAGCAAUCUGGAGAACGAGAUGUACCUGUCUGGUGACACCGCAGCGCAGGCAGCAAAGUCAUCUUCGUGCAGCGGCAGCAACGCAACCCAAUGGAAGAGGGAGAGCUAUACCCGGGAGAACUAGGCCACCUGGUGCACCUUUUGAGGGGGUUAUCGGUGGUUGCAGUCGUCGUUUGAUCUCUACGUUCGAAGAGGACUGCAAGGUCAUCGAGGAGUGCCACUUGCUUCUCUCGUCUCGACUAGACAUUCCAGCGCUUGAGGCUCGGCUGGCCGAGCUAGACGCCCUCGUGUCCGACCCCAAACUGUACGACGACAGCACCAAGGCUGGCAAGAUCGUGAAGGAAAGGGCCAAGGUUGAGUCUAAGCUGGAAAACGUCAAGAGCCUCAACUCGGAAGUGAAGUCCUGGCGAGAAAUGUACGAAAUGGCUUCACUGGAGGAAGAGGGGGACUUGCUCACAGAAUGCAUCGAAAAGGUGGGAGCUCUCCGGAAGCAGGCAGAGCGCGCCAGAGCAGAUACCCUGCUCUCACUUGGGGGGGAGUUGUCCUUCUCGAACUGCUACCUGGAGCUUCAAGCCGGGGCUGGUGGCACUGAGAGCCACGACUGGACCAGCAUGCUCUACAAGAUGUACACGCGCUGGGCGGAGACGAAAGCCUUUACCCUGCGGCCGUUGAACUCCAGCCCAGGAGAUGAGGCCGGGCUACGCAGCGUCAUGGUAUUCGUGGAAGGGGAGUCGGCGUACGGCUGGCUGAGGUCCGAGGCGGGUGUGCAUCGCCUUGUGAGAAACUCGCCGUAUGACCCAAACGGACGACGGCACACGUCGUUCUCGCAAGUCAGGGUGUUUCCGGAGGCAGGCGGAGAGUCUGGAGACGCCGCCAAGGUCGAAAUCCCGGCCAAAGACCUAAAGGUGGACACCAUGCGGGCCCAAGGCGCGGGGGGGCAGCACGUGAACACCACCGACAGCGCUGUCCGCUUGACCCACCUCCCGACUGGCCUGGUAGCUCUCAGCCAAAGCGACAGGUCUCAGCACAAGAACCGCGAGAACGCGAUGCGCGCCUUGAGAGCCAAGAUCUUCCAACGAGAAGAGGAGGAGCGACACGCCAAGCGCAACGAGUACGCAGCUGGCCUGGGAGACAAUGCCUUCGGCAACCAGAUCCGGUCCUACGUGCUGUCCCCCUACCAGAUGGUGAAGGACCACCGAACAGGGAAGCAGGAGGGGGAUGUGUCUGGCGUGCUCGACGGAGAUCUGGACGGGUUCAUCGAUGCCGCCCUCAUCGCGGAGCACAGCAAGGGGGGCGAAGAGGGGAGAUAGCGGCGGUGGAUGUGAUAGGCAAGCCGAACUCCAGCUUCGACGUAACAGCCAGUGGAGAUCUUGGAUCGUAUCGUGGUAGUAGAUGUACGUGAUGGGGUUGAGCCUCGGCACGACCCUGUUCACAACGAGGGAUAGAAGCUGUUCACGCGAUAUAUUCAGCCCGCAUACUCACGGCGGUAGGGGAGGGCUGAAAGCUUAUGGCAAUCCAUCUGAAAGCAUAGACAGCUAGCAGUAGAACGUCUCAGGGAGAAGGGGGCCUUGUGCGUGACCACUGUGGCUUUGAAGCAGAGAAGGGCUAGACUGACGUGCAUAGAAAAUAGAACGGUCAGAUCCAGCACGAAGUACAUUGGCGUGGGCUGUACGAAUUGAUUAAGAGGUGCUUACUUCCGUGCUAAGGUUUUGUUCUGCUGGGAAGGUUGGUUUUCGCGUGUUGUUCAGAUUAGAAAAUUUUCCUGAUAGCACUGUCGUCAGUCGUCUGGUACUGUAAACGUUUGUACCUGAAGAACCAUGGCUCGGUUUGAUGUAGGGCGGUCCGCUUUUGUUGAUGAGUCUGCAGGGUCAACGACAAAGCGUUGUGCAAUAAAUACUUCCGUGCUUGGGACACAGCACUGCUGUU